GGCUAGCUUGCUGUUAGAUCCGCGUGCAGGCCGAGACUUUCCCGUCAAUCUGUCCAAUCAGAGUUUACUGACAAGGUGGAAGUUGGUUGCUACGUCCUCAUACAAAACUUGUGUCUGUCGGUCAAAGUUGCAGCGUGGAUAUUCAAGCGGAGUUUGUGUGAAGUUUAGUUGCGUUUGUUUUAGUGUCGAAGAAGUUAAGCGAAUACAGACGCAAUGUCCCCGGGCGGUUGGAGAUGUCCGGAGCAGUACGGUAUGGGAAAGUAACAUUCCUUUGUACCUUUUGGCAGAGCUGCGGGUGUCAAACCCUGCUGUAUUUUAUGAAUGACAACACCGACUACCGCUGCUGCUCCGUGCAGUACUUGUUAGCAUGCCACGCAGGCAGCUAACUUCUCGUGAAGAAAGGGAAACUUUGCCUACAACUCAGGAGUGACCCACGCAGUAUGAUACUUUGACGUUUUCUGUAUAUUUCCGUGGCUUAGCUUUUUAAAACAAAUCCGAGAAUGAUGAAGGUUAGGAGAUACUUGAGGGGCAGUGGGAGGGUGCUCGCAUUUGUGUUCAUCGCCUCUGUCAUUUGGCUGCUGUUUGACAUGGCUGCACUCCGCAUAUCAAUAAACGACGUGAACAGUCAGCUGUUGAAGGAGCGAGUGAUCAGAGAGAGGGAGGUUUUCAAACAGCAGUCCAGGGUGACACAGCUGAUGAACAGGGGCUUUAGACACCCUGUUCAGAAGGUGGACCUGGCGGUUACACAUGCCGGGAAAGGACCACUCAAUUCAGGCGUCAGACUAGCCCAAGUGUACAGACAGGGAGGCAAGAAACAGGACCAAAUGUUGGGGGAUAAAAAGGUGAACUCCUCUGAGCAGCAAGGAGAUAAUCUUCCAAAGACGAAGCAUCCUAAAUAUGUUCCUUCUGAGCAUAAAGAAGGUGCUGCCUCGCAAAAUGUCACUCCAAAGCAGGUUGCAAAGAAGAAAGCAGUAAAUUUGGAUUUGAACUGGACAAAAGUGGAGAAACAUGGUGAAUCAGAUGGCUCUAACAGAGUGGUGUUACCCGUGGUAGUGUCUAAUACAACCCAAGUGUUACCUGGUGUUCAGGAAAACAAACACACCCCUAUACCGGCAUCAAAGAAGGGUCUUAUCGAAGCUGGAGUUGUACAAAACACUUUGAACAAAACUGAUUUAGAAGCAAAUGAAAAAACAAAGGAUGGACCCAAGACCAAGACCGGAACAAAAGAGAGCCCACGUCAGGCUGAGGAGACACACCCUGUUAAAACAACAUCUAAAACUCCAAACCAGGAUGUAAAUAAUAAAACAGAGGAGAGACGUGUUCAGGCGAUCGCGAAGAGUGAUCUGAAUGCGCCAAAGGGAACCACGAAACCUACAAUCAAGCUCAGCACAGGAGAGGACUCCAAGGAUAACUCUACUGCUGUCAGAAAUCCAGGUGUACACAAAGUGCUUUCUCUAGAUGUGACUCAGGUUCCCAGAGAUGUCAAUGCAGUGGGUCAGUUUGGACAGGCAGUAAUUGUUGCCAGCAAUGAAAAUGCAGAGGUGAGGAAGAGAUGGGACGAAGGGCAUUUUAAUGUCUACCUGAGCGACCAGAUCCCAGUGGACCGUGCCAUUCCAGACACCAGGCCGGAGAUGUGUGCACAGAGUCUGGUCCACGAUGACUUGCCUUCCACCAGCGUCAUCUUCUGUUUUGUGGAUGAGGUGUGGUCCACGCUGCUGCGCUCUGUACGAAGUGUGCUCAACAGGUCCCCGCCACACCUCCUCAAAGAGAUCAUUUUGGUGGAUGAUUUCAGCACCAGAGACUAUCUCAAGGAGCCGCUGGAUACGUACAUGUCCCAGUUUCCCAAGGUGCGAAUCAUUCGUCUGAAGGAGCGGCAGGGGCUGAUCAGAGCCCGGCUGGCUGGAGCCGCUGCAGCCAAAGGCGAGGUGCUCACCUUUCUUGACUCCCAUGUUGAGUGCAACGUGGGCUGGCUGGAGCCGCUGUUGGAGAGAAUCUAUCAGGAUCGCAAGAAGGUGCCCUGUCCAGUUAUUGAAGUCAUUAAUGACAAGGACAUGAGUUAUAUGCUGGUCGACAACUUCCAAAGAGGUAUUUUCAAAUGGCCUUUGGUGUUUGGCUGGAGCACAUUACCGGAUGAGUUCAUUAAGAAGCAUAACAUGACCAUCUCAGAUCCCAUCAGAUGUCCAGUUAUGGCUGGAGGCCUUUUCUCCAUAGACAGAAAAUACUUCUAUGAGCUUGGUGCCUAUGAUCCUGGCCUGGAUGUGUGGGGCGGCGAGAACAUGGAGAUUUCAUUUAAGAUCUGGAUGUGCGGAGGGGAAAUCGAGAUCAUCCCCUGCUCUCGAGUGGGACACAUCUUCCGAGGACAGAAUCCUUACAAAUUCCCCAAGGACAGGCAGAAGACAGUGGAGCGCAACCUGGCGAGGGUGGCAGAGGUCUGGCUGGAUGAGUACAAGGACCUUUUCUAUGGUCACGGGUACCACCACCUGCUGGACAAGAAGGUCAUUGACAUCGGCAACCUCACCGAACAGAUUGAGCUGAGGAAGCGGCUCAAAUGCAAGAGCUUCAAGUGGUACCUGGAGAAUGUGUAUCCCGAUAUGGAUGCUCCCUUAGUAAAAGCUGAGGGCCUGAUCUUUAAUCGUGGCUUAAGAAAAUGUCUCAGUCUGCAGAAAGGCUCUCUGUUGUUCGAGACAUGUGAUCUCAGCAAGCAGAGCCAGCACUUUAAUUACACCUGGAUGAGACAUGUUCGCCAGCAGGACGUAUGUGUCGCUCCCCAAGGCAAAAGCAACGGCUUUGCUUUACAGUUAUGUGAGAACACCAAGGCUGAACUCCGCUGGUUCCAUAAAUCCUCCAACUCUGCUCUGGCGGAGCACCUCAUAGCAGAAUUUGUGUCGCACCACAUGUGCCUGGAGGCGGGGCCUCAGGGUGACGCUCUUCACCUCAAACCAUGUGAACCCACCAACAGCUUCCAGAAGUGGCAGUUCACACACUACCACGCUCAGUGAUGAGACUGAAAUGAGUUUUAUGAGUGUCAGAAGGGGCACAACGGGGACACUGAAUGGUCCCACACUGCAGUGCAGUCAGUGGUCCUGCCUCAGCACACGGCUGUCCAGAGGAGGUGGGAAGCGCUUUUGUUUGCAGUGAUACGUGUGGUGUAAAGGAGAGGGUGUGGGUAUGUGCAAUGUUUCAAAUGUCUUUCUAUUGUGUCAGCGUGGACUGACGGUGAAUUUGAACGCCGCGUGUGAGAGGAAGAAACAAAUCGUCUGUCUUUUUUUUGUGAAGAUUUGGACUACAGUUUAAGAAAAGAUCCUCUGGCUUCAGGCAGAGGAACACUCCAUCUGAUAUGUUCUUGAACACAACAUAUCAUUUCACUGCCAAAGAUAAAACAAAAAAAAAAAUCUAAACAGUGCCUCUUCGAUUUGAAAUGUAAAAAGUGUUUGUUUUCGGGGUUUUUUUUUUCUGUGUGUGUUUGCUCUGCCGGGACACCAAGAGUUUAAUUGCAUGUAAUUUAGGAUUUAUCCAUUUGUGUGAAACACACCACGUAUUUUCAGUAAGACAUCUUUUCUAGAUGUCUUCGUGUUUGAUGAGACACUAAGGGUGAAACAGCUGCUUCUGUGGUUUUCAAUGAUUCAUUAUGUCAGCCUUGUGCUUGUGGUGAAAACUCGUAUGAAUUUCUUUUUGUCACUAGAGGGAAGUGUUGCUUCAAAACACCCAAUAAACCUGUGCUGUGAUUUCAUGAUGGUCAGCAAACCUUUUAACCAAAUAUUAAAGAAAGUGCUUUUUUUAAAAAAUGAAGAAAUAUUAAAAAAAAAUGAUGAA